GACAGGCAUGAAAUACGGAAAUUAGAAAUGGCUGCGAUGGGUAGUGGACGGGGGACGAUGGAAUCCCAAAAUCAAGUGCAAAGUGAUAAUGUAGACCGUUUAAAAUUGCUUUAUCCUAAUGUGAAUGAAGAUGAAACACCCUUACCUAGGUCAUGGAGUACAAAGGACAAAUUCAGCUACAUCGGGUUAUCGCAAAAUAAUCUAAGAGUGCACUACAAAGGUGGGACGCAGGGUCCGGGCCGAAGACCCCACCUGCCCUACCUCCACUUACGCCUCUGGAUGUAUCGUCAUGGAAAAACACACAAGGACGCGGCGAGCGUCCGCGCCACACACCCGAUACCGGCGGCCUGUGGUCUCUACUACUUCGAAGUGCGGAUCGUGUCCAAAGGUCGUGACGGGUACAUGGGGAUUGGUCUCUCGGCGCACGGAGUCAACAUGAACCGAUUGCCUGGUUGGGACAAACACUCAUACGGGUACCACGGCGAUGAUGGGCACUCGUUCUGCUCGUCGGGUACGGGUCAGCCCUACGGUCCCACCUUCACCACUGGUGACGUCAUCGGUUGUGGCGUCAACUUGGUCGACAAUACUUGUUUCUACACUAAGAACGGACACCAUCUAGGAAUAGCAUUCAGAGGACUGCCUCCCAAUCUAUAUCCAACGGUUGGUCUCCAAACACCUGGCGAGGUGGUGGAUGCCAACUUUGGUCAACAACCAUUUGUGUUCGACAUAGAAGACAUGCUGAGGGAAUUACGAGCGAGAACACGUCUCGCUAUUGACGAAUUCCCUUUACCGGAUGAGCAAGGCCAAUGGCAACAGGUUUUGCAUAGAAUGGUAUCUUCAUAUCUCGUACACCAUGGCUACUGUAGCACGGCGCAGGCGUUCUCCCGCUCCACGGGUCUACCUAUCGACGAAGACAUAGCAUCCAUUAAAAAUAGACAAAGGAUAUCAAAGCUAGUGCUGUCGGGGCGCAUCGGAGAGGCGAUAGAGGUGGCGCGGCGGCUGUACCCCGGCCUGCUCGAGCGCGACCACGAGCUGCUGCUGCUGCUCAAGUGCAGGCAGUUCGUCGAGAUGGUCAACGGCUCCGACUCGGAGUCGCUGUGCGAGGAGGGCGGCGAGGGCGAGUGCGCGGAUGGCAGCGCGGUGGGCGCCGACGGCAGCAACGGCGUGGCCACCUCCGUCAUCUCGCACACGGGCCGCGCGCCGCCGCUCGCCGCCAACGGGGACCACGCGCCGCACGCCAACGGCGUGUCGGAGGCGGCCGACGCCGACCUGCGCCUCAGCUGUGACGUGGACAUGCCGCCCGCCGCCAACGGCGCCCACGACGGACGCGUUCAGCCUCCUGGCCUACAGCAACCCCUGGGACAGUCCCAACGGCUGGCAGCUGGAGCCCGUGUGGCGCGAGCCCGUCUGCGAGGCCUUCAACGCCGCCAUACUGGAGUGGGCGGGGCUGGCCAGCGUGUCGCCGGUGGAGGCGUGCGUGUCGCAGUCGGGCGAGCUGCUGCGCCGCAUGUCUCGCGCGGCGCUGGGCGCGUGCGCCUUCGCCGACCUGCCCGCGCUGCUGCGCCGCUGACCGCCGCGCUAGCGCCGCCCUCGUCGCACUCGCCGAGCACCAUCUGCAACUUAACUCUGUCUCGUUCUCGCGUGCCUCCGAUCGGGGUCGGUCCGGUUUGCUCGCCGACUCUCGUUCGGAAUAUAUGUCGUAUGAAAUCAUAGGUCAAGCCGUGCCCCGCUACCCGCGUAGCGACCCCGGGCGGAGCACCGAUAUUUGUGAGAUACGAAUGUUCGCCUCCGAGUUCCCAGUCUCGGCAUCCCCGUGUAGCAGCAAUAUUUUUAUUGGGAGCUUCGGUCGUGCCGGAGCGACGAGUGAGGGGAUUUUACUGUAAAAUAUACCAUUGUAAUGAAUUUAACUUAGAUCUUACGUCGAUGUAAAUAAAAAUCAAUUUCCCUCGAUACCGAUUGUUACGCACAGAUGACGCCUUAGAGACCGAUCGUAGAGCCGCGACUGUGUCCGCCCUGCAGUUGUAAUGAGUGAGCUAUUAUCGCUUUACCAGGCUCCGCUUGCGCUUCGUUUUAAUUUAUAAUCGCCGGGUGCCAGUAAAGAGAAUAGAAGUAACAUGAAAAUUUUGCAACUUUCGCCUUUGAUCCAAACCAUUUUAUGAAGAAAAUUUUCCGUAUUGUCUCAAUUAUAUUUUGUUUUUGUUUAUAAAAUCUAUUAAGGGCUUUGUCGUAAAAUACUAUAGGGAACAUAAUUCCGUGCACCUCUAUGAAUAAGGUUAGAUUUAGUCGAUAAUAUACUUAACCUGCGCACGCAAUUGUGAUCCUAAUAGUACCGUGUCAAAGGCGUUUUUUAAUUUUAGACAUAAGUAAGGUCUCUUCACACGGCCUCCGUCGGCUGGCGCUUGUGUGUACAAAGUUUGAUCAGAUCGAAGUGAUGGAACUUUUCAGUACAUAAUAUGUAAUAUUAAAAGUGGUCGUGAUGACGAAACGAUAAAACGUUGUGAUAUAAGAUUCUUUUUGAAACCUGCGAACGUAGCUUGUAUUGUGAUGUGACUCACGGACUAUGCCUUGUGUAUAUUGUCGGCGUACAUUAUAGAUAUAUUGAUAUAGAUAUAUAACAUAAUUAUGAUUAUUGUACACGGGCUUCGGGCACUCGAUGCGAGCAGCACCCGACCAGCCUGGGUCGGCCUCUUGGAGUGCAAAGCUAAGAUAAUAUUAUGAUCUUAAACUCUAAAGCUUUUUAAUAUAUUAAUGACAUUCCGAUUUGUUAUCUGUCGGUGUUAAAGACUUACGCAAAGUGCCCGCCCGAAACCUAACAUAGAGUUAUUGUGGAUUCGAGAUCGUUGUGUGUAGAAAUUAAUAAGAAAUUUAAAAAAAAAUCACAGCUUUUAGACUAUAGAUAAUAUUUUUAACAUCUGUCAUUUUUAACGAUUCGCAAUGUAUAAUCUGUGGCGUUCAAUGGAACUUUCUGUUCUGUAAUCUAAAAGCGGUGAAACGAUCGUAGCGGUCGAAGGCACACUACGGACAGACUUACAUCGUUUAUAUAUAUAUAAUGUUCUAUCAAUCAAAUAAUCACCCAAUGUGUUGUUAGAGGUUAAGACAUGAUUUUUGUUUUUGUAAUACUUGGUAUUUUUGUAUGUAUAGAAAUGUAAUAUGUAUUCAUAAUGUGGAUGUACAGACGCAGGAUAUCGGCCGAACGCUAAUUGUUUAAAUUGCUAAGUGUGUCAGUGUGCAGCGGUCUCGAGUGUCGCUGUGAGUCUGUCCGCACGUCGACGAGCGUCGUUCAACGUCAGCCUGUCUGCCUGUCGUUCUGUAAAGAUAAUUCUACAAUAUUGUUCUUAUAUUGUAUUGUUUUCUUUUUUAAUAAUAUAUUGUGUUUAAAAGUC